AUGAGUCUGGAAGUAUUUGAGGCACAUAUGAGAACCGCUAUUAAAUUAGCUCGGUAUGCUCUCGACCAUGAGGAAACUCCGGUGGCUUGCAUAUUUGUGCACAGUCCUUCCAAUAAGAUCGUGGCCUACGGAAUGAAUGACACCAAUAAGUCCCUCACAGGCAUCGCUCACGCAGAGUUCAUGGGUAUAUCUCAAAUCCAGCAGAAGUUCGGUGUUCAUAAUACAGAGAUAUUCUCUGAGAUAAUUCUGUACGUGACCGUUGAGCCCUGCAUAAUGUGCGCUUCUGCUUUGAAACAAUUAGGAAUCAAACGAGUUGUGUUUGGUUGUUCCAAUGACCGUUUCGGCGGGAAUGGAUCGAUUUUGUCUAUACAUCAGGAUACUUGUACGACCCCUUCCAACAACUAUAACAUAGUUCCUGGCAUUCUUCGACGGGAGGCGAUUAUGCUACUUCGAUACUUUUAUGUGCGAGAAAACGAGAACGCACCUAAGCCAAGAGCGAAAUCUAAUCGGAAGCUUGACGUUGAAAAUUUCCCUCCAAUGAACUGGAGUAAAUACAUAAACCGGGAACAAUUUCUCGAAUAUUUUGACGAGGAUAAUCUUCGGCAUUACGACGAUAUGACAGACCUAAGUCGGGACGUAGAAUGGGGGUUGAUCGACUCCUGCCAAGAUGACAUUCUUGAAAGACUCGAGCAAGAUUGCGAAUCAUUUGAACUUCAUCGAGUUAAAAAGCUGAAAACUGAUGUUAUAUAA